AUGGUUAUGCGACUUAGGCCUGUUGUCGCUUCUAUUUUGAGACCAACAACCAUUUUGAGAAAUCAACAACUAAGAAAUGGACAUACCAUUUGGUACCCAGAUGCCGAAUUUGAAAGAGAUUUCAAGACUGCAGGUACUUUAGGCCGUGUACAUUUUCCAAAAAUUGAUGAUAAGUUUGAGAAAGAUAUUGGUUUAGAAAAAUUGCAAAAACUUUUGCUUGAAGAACCUGUUUUUUCGGAUAGUUUUGGAGGAAAAAAACGUGAGAAAAUUCUUGAAAAUAUGAUUCUUAAUUUUGGUCCACAACAUCCUGCUGCUCAUGGUGUGUUACGCCUUGUUCUAAAACUUGAAGGAGAAGUUAUUAUUAAAGCUAUUCCUCAUAUUGGACUCCUUCAUCGUGCUACUGAAAAAUUAAUUGAGCAUAAAACUUACACUCAAGCACUUCCAUAUUUUGAUAGAUUAGAUUAUGUUUCAAUGAUGUGUAAUGAACAAGCUUAUUCAUUAGCUGUUGAAAAGCUUCUUGGAAUAACUCCUCCACCACGUGCUCAAAUGAUAAGAAUUUUUAUGGCCGAAAUGACGAGAAUUCAAAAUCAUAUUAUGGGUAUUACAACUCAUGCACUUGAUGUUGGUGCUAUGACUCCAUUUUUCUGGAUGUUUGAAGAACGUGAAAAAAUGUUUGAGUUUGCUGAACGUGUCUCUGGAGCUCGUAUGCAUGUAAAUUAUGUAAGACCUGGUGGUGUUGCUUGGGAUCUUCCUCUUGGUUAUUUAGAUGAUGUUUACGAUUGGUGUGUUAAAUUUCCACAACGUAUUGAUGAACUUGAAGAUAUGUUAACGGAAAACCGCAUCUGGAAACAGCGUACACAAGAUGUUGGUAUUGUAACAGCAUCUGAUGCCUUAAAUUGGGGAUUCUCUGGAGUUAUGUUACGUGGAUCUGGAAUUAAAUGGGAUGUAAGAAAAUCUUCUCCUUAUGAUGGAUACGAGAAAAUUGAUUUUGAUGUGCCAAUUGGAACUCGGGGUGACUGUUAUGAUAGGUAUUUAUGUCGUCUUGAAGAAAUGAGACAAUCUCUCAAAAUAAUACUUCAUUGUUUAAAUAAUAUGCCACCAGGAGAAAUUAAGGUAGACGAUAAUAAAGUAGUUCCACCAAAGAGAGCUGAAAUGAAGGAGAGUAUGGAAUCAUUGAUUCAUCAUUUUAAAUUCUUUACCGAAGGAUAUCAAGUACCACCUGGUGCAACAUAUGUAGCUACAGAAGCACCAAAAGGAGAAUUUGGAGUAUAUUUAGUGGCUGAUGGGACAAGUAAACCAUAUAGAUGUUUUAUCAGGGCUCCAGGUUUUGCUCAUCUAGCUGCUUUACAUGAUGUUACAUACAUGUCCUUGAUUGCCGAUGUUGUAGCUGUAAUUGGAACUAUGGACAUUGUAUUUGGAGAAGUAGAUCGUUAA